AUGUCCUUCAUCGCCAACGUCAAGUCGGUGCUCAGCGGUGACACUCUUGUCCUCGCUAACCCAAACAACCCUGCCGCUGAGCGGACACUCUCGCUUGCUUACGUUUCCGCACCCCGGCUUAGCAAAGAUGGCGAUGAGCCGUUUGCUUUCCAGUCGCGCGAGUUUUUGAGGAACUUGGCCGUCGGGAAGCCGGUGAAAUUCAGCGUCUCAUACACCAUCCCCAACUCGGGCCGAGAAUACGGAAGGGCAGUUCUCCAGGACGGAACCGAGCUUCCAGAGGCGGCAGUUAAAGCCGGCUGGCUCAAAGUCAGGGAAGACGCUGGUCGAAAGGAGGAGUCCGAGGGCGUCCUCGAGAGAAUCAACAACUUGCGGAGCUUAGAGGCCCAAGCCAAGGAUGAGCUCAAGGGCUUGCACUCCGGCACCGGGGGGGUCAUCGAAGUUCAGAACGACUUGGGAUCCCCGGACUUCUUCAACCAGUUGAAGGGCAAGACAGUGGACGGCAUAAUCGAGCGCGUCAUUAGCGGUGACCGCCUGCUGGUCCGCCUACUCUUAACGGACAACAAGCACCUACAAUUGAUGACUUUGUUGGCUGGUGUCCGGACGCCAACAACAGAACGGGUAAACCAGUCAAACGGCCAGACUCAGCCUGCAGAGGAGUUCGGCAAUGAGGCUCGUGCCUUCGUAGAGCAGCGGCUUCUUCAACGGCAGGUCCGCGUCAAAAUCGUGGGCGCUAGUCCCCAGGGCCAGCUUGUGGCCACAGUGCUCCAUCCACGGGGCAACAUUGCCGAGUUCCUCCUGAAGGAAGGGCUAGCUCGCUGCAAUGACUUUCACUCCACGAUGCUUGGGGCCGAUAUGGCUGCUCUCCGUGCUGCCGAGAGAGAGGCGCAGGCAGCCCGCCGUCGUCUGCACAGGGGCUAUGUGGGUAAAACCACGGACAGCAAAGAAACGGAUGCCACCGUCACCAAGAUAAUUGGGGCGGACACCAUCCUUGUGCGGAACAAGGCCGGAGAAGAGAAAAGAAUUAGCUUGAGUAGCGUCCGCGGGCCCCGUGCUGCAGAGGCAUCCGAGGCACCUUUUCGGGAUGAAGCAAAAGAGUUUCUCAGAAAGAAGCUCAUCGGCAAGCACGUACGCAUUUCCGUCGACGGCACCAAGCCUGCCAGUGAUGACUUCGAGGCCCGGGAGGUGGCUACGGUCACUCAAGGCGGGAAAAAUAUUGGCCUACAGCUGGUCCAAGAGGGUUACUGCUCUGUCAUCAGGCACCGCAAAGACGACACUGACAGGGCGCCUAACUACGACGAAUUGCUGGCAGCUCAAGAGUCUGCGAAGCAGGAGAAUAGAGGGAUGUGGUCUGGCAAACCGCCCAAGGUGAAGCAAUAUGCGGACAUGUCCGAAAGCGUCCAAAAGGCUAAGAUCCAGUUAUCGACCCUCUCGAGACAGAAGAAAGUCCCGGGGAUUGUUGAUUUUUGCAAGUCCGGUUCCCGGUUUACCAUCCUCAUCCCUCGGGAGGGCGCGAAGAUUACGCUAGUGCUUGCUGGCGUCCGUGCUCCGCGCGCUGGUCGGAACGCCCAAGAGAAGGGAGAGCCGUUUGGGCAGGAAGCGUUGGAGCUGGCCAACCGCCGCUGUAACCAGCGGGACUGCGAGAUCGAUGUGCACGACAUCGACAAAGUGGGCGGCUUCAUUGGCGACCUCUACGUGAACCGGGAGAGCUUCGCCAAGACCCUGGUUGAGGAGGGCUUGGCUUCUGUUCACGAGUACUCGGCCGAGAAGUCGGGCAAUGCCGCCCAGCUUUUGGCCGCGCAAAAGCUGGCAAAGGAGGCCAGGAAGGGCAUGUGGCACGACUGGGAUCCCUCGCAGGACGAAGAGCAACAGGGAGAGACUGCGGCGGCCGAAACGACCGAGGACGCUUCAGUUACGGUUGCGAAGAAGCCAGAGGACUACCGAGACAUUGUCGUGACCAACGUAGAUCCCGAGGGAAGAAUAAAGGUCCAGGAGGUCGGCAAGGGCACGGAUGCGCUGGAGAACCUGAUGGAGCAGUUCAGGCAAUUUCACCUGAACCCGACGAACAGCGCUACCCUCAAGGACCCGCCCAAGGCCGGCGACUAUGUGGCCGCCCAGUUCACGGAAGACGGCGAGUGGUACAGAGCACGCAUCCGCUCAAACGACCGCGCCGCUAAGGUGGCCGAAGUCGUCUAUAUCGACUACGGCAACUCGGAGAAGCAGCCCUGGUCCAAGCUUCGCCCACUCAGCCAGCCCCAGUUCACCGUCCAGAAGCUUAAAGCGCAGGCCGUGGACAUUAGACUCUCCUUCAUCCAGCUUCCUGCAGCGCCCGACUAUCUCAGCGACGCGGUGGGCUAUCUGUAUGAGCUUACCGAGGGCAAGCAGCUAGUCGGCUGCUUCGACUAUCAGGACAGCAAAGAGGGUAUCAGCUCUGUGACCCUCUUCGAUCCUAAGGCCGAGGGCUCAAACAAGGCCACCGAGUCGAUCAACCGCAAAAUGGUCCUUGAGGGCCACGCGCUGGUUGCGCGGAAGUUGAAGGCAUGGGAGCGGAGCAAGGUGUUUGAGCCUGUGCUCGCGAAUCUGCGGGAGGCUGAGGCCGAGGCCAAGAAGGAGCGUCGCGGUAUCUGGGAAUAUGGUGACAUCACCGAAGACUAGACGAGUGAGGGUGGCCGCUGCACACGACGGCAGAAUAUAUAUCGCAUCUCCGGAGAGGUUUUGGUGGGUAACAGGUGGACGGUACAGGAAAAGA